UUCAUGAAGAAAUAAUAGAAAGCCCUUACAAAAAUAAAAACAGAGGAAGGAAAAGAGUUCAAGAAACCAAAAACGUUUUAGCAUAAUGGGAGUUCCGGAGAAGGAUCCUCUUUCUCAAUUGAGCUUACCUCCUGGUUUUAGAUUUUACCCCACAGAUGAGGAGCUUCUUGUUCAGUACCUAUGUCGCAAGGUUGCUGGCAACCAUUUCUCACUUCCUAUCAUCGCGGAAAUCGAUUUGUAUAAAUUCGACCCUUGGAUCCUCCCAGGUAUAUAUUUGAUAAGGGAUAAUGACAUUAUUUCUGUGAUUGAGAGCAAGAUGUUUAUCUAUUUGGGUUCUUUUUCUGCAGGUAAAGCAAUAUUUGGGGAGAAAGAAUGGUACUUUUUCAGCCCCAGGGAUAGAAAGUAUCCGAACGGUUCGCGACCGAACAGGGUUGCUGGCUCUGGGUACUGGAAAGCCACAGGAACAGAUAAAGUAAUCACUACCGAAGGCAGAAAAGUUGGAAUCAAGAAAGCACUUGUUUUCUACAUUGGCAAAGCACCCAAAGGCACCAAAACAAACUGGAUCAUGCACGAGUACCGUCUCCUCAACGGUUCUCAAAAGAGCCUCGGCAGCACCAAGCUAGAUGAUUGGGUUUUGUGUCGGAUAUACAAGAAGAACUUGAGCUCAUCGCAAAAAGUCAAUAUGCCAAGCUUUACGAGCAAAGAAUGGAGCAAUGGAUCGUCUCCUUCUUCAUCGUCUCACAUCGACGACAUGCUCGAAUUGCCGGAGAUCGACGACCGGUGCUUCGCCUUACCGCGGGUUAACUCGCUGCAGCACGAGGAAAAGCUCACCCUUGGCGCCACAGGCAAUAAUUUCCCGGACUGGGUCAACUCGGGGGGUCUCGACUCGGUCCCUGAGUUCGGGAGCCAAACUCAGGGGAUGACAAGUUACGAUGGAAAUGACCUAUAUGUCCCCUCCGCGUCACAGUUCUGCCACGUCAACACAAUGGUUGUGCCGGGUAACCCGACGGAGGAGGAAGUCCAGAGCGGCAUCAGGACCCAGCGGAUUGAUGAGAAUUUCGGGUUAUUUCAACAGAAUUCGAAUGUAUUCACCCACCGGUAUUUGUCGAGUUCGGGUGACUCAUUCGGAUUCGGAUACCCGAAUCAGCAAUUUGGAUUCGGAUUCAGAGAAUGAAAAGAUGUCAUGCAUUGUCAUUGUCAAGGCCUUGUGGUUUUAGUGUAGGAAAGGGCAAUUGUGUAAAUAGCUGUUGGAUUCUUUGGCUAACACUAUAUUAUAUAUGUAGUGGUAAUUUGGUUUAAUAGAUUUUUCAAAAGUGGCAAAGGUGGGAAAAAUAUGCAGUUUUGAUAAAUGCUAGGCACAUUCGAUGGUUCGAUGUGAAACUAAGCAGAAUAAACAUAGUUCAAGUAAUUGUGUGAAAGCAUUCAUAAUUCUGAAAGUUUUUUAGGAAUGUAUAUGCAUUAUUUGGCUGCAAUAGCUACCCAGGUUCACUCAUCAGCAACCUGAAUGAAAAUGUACUAAAAAGGCAUUAGCAAUGUUUGGUUUAAGAUAUUUAAA